CUCUGCGCCAACAUCACCGUGCUACGGUAACAUCCAUACUCUAGUUUUGCUUUUUCUACUCGCCGCGCGCCGUUUAAAGUUCACCUAUGAAGGAGUCUCGGUAAAGAGUAUACUUCAGCGCAGAUCAACAGUGGAUAGAUCCGACGACAUGCAACAUGGCGCCACAAAAAGAGAAGGAACACGAACAGGAACACUGGCUCUCCCGCUACGCAUCCAACUACCAUGCAUGGAGAACAGAGCAGCCUCUCCGGGGCGGCAAGAAAGUCUUCACCCGCCCGCUCGGCCUCGUCGAGUACUCUUUCGACACCGACGGCAGCGACUACGGCGGCCGCGCGGAUAUGAACGCCCUCUUUACCCUGGAAAUUGCGCAUUGUCUGCCUUCAAAUGAAGCGUUCAGGCGAAGAAUAGCGCUCGCGUGGGCGAGUCUGAGACUGCAGCACGUCAUGCUGAUGAGUCGCGUGCGCGAGGACGAAAAGAGCGGAACAAAGCGUUUCGUGGUCGAUGUGCCGCGGAGUGCGGAAGAGGCUGUUGAGCAGGCGAUGAGGGGCAUUGUUUGGGUGGAGGAUUUUGUGGAUGGCGAGGUUGAUGGCGUGGAGCUGCAUCGGCAUUGUUUGAAUGUGGGAAGGGUCAUUGAGCCCGAGACGUGCUUGUCGAAACUGCAUGUCCUGCCGCUCGUUGAGCUCCCCGGUGGGAGGACCUUUGAGUUGAGGUUUCUGAUCGUGAUGGCGCAUCAGAUUUCUGAUGGGCUGGCGGCGUAUAAUUGGUUUUCGCAUUUUGUGCGCAUUUUGAAUAUGUCGGCGCGCGAGAUUGAGCGGGAGAUUGAGUGGUUUAGGGAGGAGGGCAGGAUGAGAGCUAGACUGCCGCCUGCGCAGGAGGAUUUGUAUCCGCGAAUUGCGGGGAAUAAAGCGAGGCAGAGAUGGUUCUGGGCGAUCAUGAGGGUAUUGAGGCAUGUUAGGAAGACGCUUCCGCCUACCUUCACGAACCCCCUCCGCCGCUCAGAGAGACUACCGCAAGCGCCCGCCCUCCGUCCGACCUUCUCCAAGCUCUUCGACUACUCCGUGGCGAGCAAGCCCCCGAUGAAUUCGGGACAUUGCUCCGUCGCGCUAUCCAAAGCAGCGUCAACCCGCCUCAUCGCCCUCUGCCGCUCCAUCAACGCUAGCAUAGGCGCAGGCUGCUUCGCCCUCGCCGGACUCAGCAUGAUGGAACUCCACGAAUCGCUUCACCCCAACAUCCCGCUCCCCCAACGCCACGCCUUCGCAGCCUCCUUCCCGCUGAAUCCCCGCGCGUUCUUUGGCUUCAACACGCCGGCCGAUAGCUGCAUGUUAGCGUUCAGCGACGGGAUCGUGAUGCCGUUUUUAACAUCUAGUCUGCCGGUUGAGGGACGGUUUAAGCUGAUUGCGCGGCAGGCGAAUCGGGGGUUGAGAGCGUAUCAGAAGAGGCUGAAGGGAAGGGAGACGAGCGGCGGGCUGCUGGACCCGCAUUCGCCAGGGCGUCUGCUCGCGAACGGGUAUUUGUUCCAGCUCGAGCGCGUGGAGUCGAAACUGCCUCCUUCGCGCCGCACAGGAAUCAACCCCCAGGGCGCGCUUCCCGCGAAAACAUUCAUGGCUGGGGCUACGUGCGGUGUUAGCUCCGUUGGGUCGACGGCGGCUUUUUUCAAGCCUGGGAUGUAUGAUUUGGGUCAAGUUGGACGGGGAGAGGGGACGAAGGACUUCUCGGCGGAUUUUCGCGGGCUGAAGAUGGGUGUUAGGGCGAGGGAGAAUGAGUUCCUGGUCGGCAGCUCGACGGAUGCGGACGGGAUUGUCGGGUUUGGAGUGAGCUAUGAUGCGAAUGCGAUUAGUGAGCAGGCGGCGGAGAUGUGGGCGGAGAAGAUUAGGUCGCUGCUGGAGGUAGAAGACAGGCCGAAGUUGUGAAGUGGUUCCUAUCAUGAUGCAAGGUCUGUUAGGUUGCACCGCCUACGCCCGGGCGGUUACAAAAAUCAAACCCUAGCACUGCGAUACCUAAGCGAGAACAGCUUUUAGAGCUUGUGUUAG